AUGUAUGGUUAUCAAGUGAUUUUUCUAUUGAUCAUUGCAAUUUUGAAUAGUGAUUAUAGUCUAUUCAUUGCUGCUGAUCCAACACCACCAGUUUGGCCAGUUGCUUUUCAAGAAACAUUUAAUGAAACAAGUACUCUACCAGUAGUUGGAACAAGUUCGAAUAUUCAAGGAACUUAUUAUUAUGAUUAUGAACAAAAAUCUGUUCGUAUUGAUCGUACAACAGGCAAAUAUGAUCGUUAUUGUAGUUCAGUAAAAUAUUUUCAAGAUACUCCAUGUACUCAUCUUGUUGUUAAUGGUCUUCGAUAUCUUGUUUUUCCAAAAUUAAAUUCAUGUUGUAUGUGUUGUACAGCAGAAGAUGGUUGUGGUAUGUUGAAACCUGAUUGGUUAUCAGAUGCAACAUUUAUAGGAUAUAAUACAACAACUCCAGUUAAAUAUCAAGUUUGGGAUAAGAAAGGUCUUCAAGAUAAUUUCUAUUGGCAAGUUGAUGCUACUCAAAUACCUUAUAUAAUUGAUCAACAACCAAAUGAUUUAAUGAUAUUUGAUGUAACUAGUUUUAAAAAAGGUUCUAUUGAUCCAAGUAUAUUUGCUUUACCUUCAUAUUGUUCAAAAGAUCAUAAAUGUCCUCUCUUGUCUGUUUGCACAAUAGCUCGUUAA